AUGUCGUAUAACGACGGCAUGGACAUGCCCUUCGGGGCCUCUGUCACAUCUCCUGCCUUGGAGCAGGCCAAGCUUCUGCUCAGGCAGUCGGAGAGAACCUUCUCCCAGACCCAACAUGAGCUGAGCAAGGUCAUGUCCGUCCGCUCGCAAACGCCAAUGUCCCAGGCGGAGAGCAUCAACACCGACAGAGAAAUCCAGGGGCUGCAGGCUCGCCUGCAAGCUCAGGAGAAAGAGGUGCGCGAUCUGAAGGAAUUGGUCGAGAGGCAAAGGGUCACAAUCGCCCAACAAAGCAAGGCCAUUGAGCAGCCAAAACAGACAUUCUCGACACCAAGCCGCAGAGAAGGGUCCCUCCAACCAGGAAGUUUUCAUGGCCCAAAGCCCAACUACCCACCGGUGCCCGGACCUCUUAUUGGACCGGGAUCAGGGCCUGCGCAGCAGUCUUCAAACCAAACACCAGCAGGGCUUGCCUAUCAGCCACCCACCGGUCCUCGAAAUGUCUCCCAUCAUGGCCAGAGUCAGCAGCAAUGGAGCACUCCGGGAUACCAGACCAAUACCAUUUUACAGCCUCCUCCUUCACAACCCCACUUCCACCAACGCACCACCGUUACGGCCCUUGGAUCUCCUGAACCAAGACCCCAGAGUGCUGCAACUGGCUUUCAGCCUAUCAGUAAACAUUCCAGCCACAGCAGCUUGUCAAACCCAUCAUCUGAUCCGAGACGACCGAUAGGAAUGCACAUUAACAAACACACACCAUCACCUCAGCAGUCUCGAGCACAUCCACCUCCAGCACCAUUUCCACACCCACCGAAUCCUCACAUGCAAAACCCUCCAAUGCAGAGUCCUUACAUGCAGAAUACCCAUAUGCAGAGCCCUCAGAGCAGUUCUAUGGCUAUGGUACCCGUUCCUCCUGGUGCCGGCAUUGAGCAUUUCAAAAGUGCAUUUGAGAAGGUUGUCAACAUGUCUCAACAGUAUGCAUUUUCACAUGUCAACAUCCCAAGUACGGCCAAAGACAACCAGAUGCCUCAGGCAAUCAAGGACCGGCUUCUCAAAGCUGCAUCUAUGACAACGGCCUUUCAGUUUAUGUCAUCUCCGUACACCAGAUUCUUUCUCGUCACCAAAAUCAUUAUUCAGUGGCUCAUCAAGAAUGUUCUCAAGCAUGACAGCUUCAGAGGCCUGGAUCCCGAAGUCGACAAUGCCAUUGAUGGUCUGCGAUCGUCCAUUUACCAAUCCACUCCAGCACAGGUCAAGUUUCAAAUCCUGAACAACAUUGGUCAGCAAAUGAUGAGGCUCAGACAACGUCCAGACUUUGCAGAACACUGUGGUACGCUUGCCCACCAACGCGGCAAUGAUAUCUGGGCCAUUAUCAGACCGAUGAUGCAUCAAAAGACUUCACGAGAUUGGGACGACUUGUUGCUACUCAUGAUUGAAGCACACAAUGCUGCAGCGUUGAUGUUCUCUGGCUCAGAAGAAUAUCGGUUUGAGAUGCCCUUGGCUGGCACACCUUUCGAUCUCAGGACAAUGGUGUGCAAGGAUACUUUCCAAAACAUCAAACCGCAUGGGCAGCUUGUGGCAGAGCGAGCACAGGUCCGACUGAGCAUCUCACCCCUUGUCGUUGUGAGAAAGACUAGCCCCGGUGGACUUUUUAGCUCGGCAACUGUGGUUCCAGCAUCAGUCUUGUUGAAGGUCGGCAAUUGA